UGGCAUCAAACGUAUAUUUGUUGAUUAAGUUUUUAGGUGUGAGAUAUGCCCAUGUUUUUGUGAAAACCAACAAAACAUUUGUGAAUUUUGAUUUAAAGUUCAUUUUAUGUGGUUUAUAUCAAGAUGACGUCUGAAAAAGGAUGCAGAAAAGAAAAAAAUCAAAACAUUCAAGUGUUCGUGAGGCUGAGACCUCUGAACCAAAGGGAGAGGGACAUCAAGUCUCUAGGAGUGGUGGAAGUUGUUAACAACAGGGAGGUGGUUGUGCGUCAGUCACAACAGAACUCGUUAACUAAGAGGUUCACCUUUGACAGAGCAUUCCCCCCUCACUCAAAACAGGUGGAGGUUUACCAAGAGGUGGUGAGUCCUCUGAUUGAGGAGGUAUUGGCUGGUUACAAUUGUACGGUGUUUGCCUACGGUCAGACAGGCACCGGUAAGACUCACACCAUGGUCGGAGAGGCAGCACAGGAUGAGACCACUUGGCAGAAUGAUCCACUGGCUGGUAUAAUUCCGCGAGCCUUGAGCCAAUUGUUUGAUGAGCUUCGUCUGUCCAACACUGAAUAUACUGUGAGGGUUUCCUACUUGGAGCUUUACAAUGAAGAGCUGGUAGACCUGCUGUCAACAGAAGACGGUUCCAAGCUGCGCAUCUACGAGGAUGUAACCAGGAAGGGAGCUAAUAUAGUCAAUGGUCUAGAAGAAAUAACUGUGUACAAUAAGAAUGAGGUGUACAAGAUCAUGGCUCAAGGACAGGAACGGAAGAGAGUGGCUUCCACACUCAUGAAUGCUCAGUCCAGUCGUUCUCACACCGUGUUCACGAUCGUGGUUCACAUGAAGGAGAACAGUCCCGAGGGAGAGGAGCUGGUAAAGAUCGGCAAGCUGAACCUCGUGGACCUGGCCGGCUCCGAGAACAUCAGCAAGGCCGGCAGUGACAACCCUGCCAAGAGGGAGCGGGCCAGGGAGUGUGUUAACAUCAACCAGUCCUUACUGACGCUGGGCAGGGUCAUCACAGCACUUGUUGAGAGACAUCCGCACAUCCCAUACAGGGAAUCAAAGCUGACCCGCAUCCUCCAGGAGUCCCUGGGAGGCAGGACGAAGACCUCGAUAAUAGCGACCAUCUCACCUGGACACAAAGACCUGGAGGAAACUAUGAGUACACUGGAAUACGCCAACAGAGCGAAGAACAUCCAGAACAAACCAGAAGUUAACCAGAAGCUGACCAAGAAAGCGAUAUUGAAAGAUUACGCUGAGGAAAUUGAUAGAUUGAAGAGAGAUCUCCACGCUGCCCGGGAAAAGAAUGGAGUGUACCUGGCUAACGACACGUUCGCCGAAAUGACGCUCAAGCAAGAAGAACAGCGGAAGGAAAUACAGGAGCUGCUGCUGAAGAAGAGGGCCAUGGAGGAGGAGAGGGAGAGGAUCCGCCAGGUGUUCCAGGAGUUGAGGAACCAGCUGGAAGAUAAACUGAGAGACACACAGGACCAACUGGUCAAGACCAAUGAGAACCUCCGGACAACGAAACAACAGUACUUGGAACAGCGACAUCUGGCGAGCGUCCGCGCUAACACAGAGAAAGUACUAACCGAGCAAGCGACAAAGAUUCUAGAAGCAGCGGACUGCGCCUCCGUUGAUGCCAUGGGGCUUCACGACGCGGUCGACCGGCGGAGGAAGCUGGAGGAAGACAACCUCGGCCUAACCACCAGCUACAGGGAACACGCCAGGAAACACCGCGACUACGCCAGGGAAGACCUCAACGACUACAUGCACUCGCUGAUCGGAGCGCUCAAAGAAAUCACUGAUCAUUUAGACACCUUCACUAACAUGUGCAGUCAGACACACUGUGAUAAUGAACAGACGCUCAAUGAAUUAGUCAACAACACUAUGAGUGUCAUGGAAAAGAUAAAGACAAUGAAAGAUAACUUCAGCGCUGAUAUUGAAGACACGGCGAAGACGGAGCUGUGUUCACUCAGAGAAAACGUCAAGUCCAGAGAAGGAGCCAUUCUAGACGUACUGAAACGGCUGUCGAACGGAAUUAAGACGAAUUUGAAGAAGACGGAGGUCGACGACCUCGGGCUGUUACUGAGAGUUAUCGAGGAACUGAGGUCGGCGUCCUCGGCGCGGGUGAGGGCGGUUCGUGAGUCCGGCGGCCGAGUGGAGAAAGCGGUCCGGGAGUCCGGCGGCCGGCUGAGGAGCGCCGCGGGAAAUGCCAGGGAACAUACGGACGGACACGCGGGAGCCCUGGACCGUGCCGUACGGGACAGGCUCGCUCUCUUGAUGGAGGACAAGUCGAGGACGGAGAAGUAUCUAGCAGAACAAAUGGCUGUAGCGGAGAGCGAGAGAAGAGAUAUGGAGACGCGACUGAAGAAGUGGGAGGAAGAGGAAGUGAAGCGGAUCAAACUACACGUGGAGACAGAGAGAUGUCUGCUAGAAGAUAGACUGGCUGCCAGAGUCAAAGAUAUAGAAGAACAGAGAAGGGUCAUGGAGGACAGAAUGACACAGAAUAUGGAGUGGCUGAACGGUCUGCUGGACUCCAGCGACACGCAGAGACGAAAGGCGGAAGAGGAUCUACAGGCCUUGGAAACAGAACUACAGAGCUGUAUGACGAGUGUUGAUGGAUGUAUACAGGAGAUGGAUCAAGAAAGCAUUGGAAUAAUAAGCGACACGGACAGAAGGACAGAGGACGUCGUGAAGGUUGUUGAGAGAAUACGAGCAGACCUACAGGGGACGGUGACGGGGACAGAGACGUGCAUACAGUCGAUAGAGGCUAACAGUCAAACACUCAACGAGGUCGCGGACCUCGCCGAUAAAACCGUCAGUUUGAUCGAACGGAAAUGUAACGAAACUGUGGAUUCAAUAGUUAGUGAGUUCGAAACUGCAUCCUCAGAAACUAUGGAAAAUGUCCGUCGUGUGGGGGCGUUGUCUCACAGCUUAGCGGAGAACACGCGGGGACACCGCCACGAACAGGGUGAAGCCCUACAAGGGGUGCGGCAGCGGGCGGAGGCGCUCCAGAACGACCUGGUCAGGGAGCUGGACGCAUUGAACCAACUCGACGAACAAUGUCUUUGGAGAGAGUACGCUGUGUAUCGACCUAGCGGCUCGACCCCGGCCCGCCGACCUUACAACUACCCUCGCUCGCUGGCUUCCACCUCCCCGGAGUCCUUGGUGCUGGCCAGAUUGACGUUGCACUCCAAUUCCGUCCUGGAAGACUCCAGCGACGAGGACCUCGACUCCAACACGGAGGAGAGCAUCGUCAACGGCAGCUCCGACGCCAACAACUGUCGCAAGCAGCGCGAGGAGUCAGGCAAGGAGAACGUGAACUCGAACCGCUCGAUGAGUUUCAAGAAGCCGUCCAAGUUGCCAGCUCCCUCCAGCAUCAAGAAGCCGCUCGUGGAUAGAAACGACUACUGACAGUCACGACGCGUCUCAAAUGUACCCAUGUUCAACGAUAAAUAAUAAAUUUAAUUAAUAUUAUGCCAUAUAAUAAUAUUAUCGUGUUUUUAAUUCUUACCAUCGAAGCUGGUUUUGGCGGUGCUUCGAAUAUAUUAAAUAUAUUUUUUUUAUCUGGUAUCCCUGUCGUGUGUUGAGUCUGUACUGUCUUUAGUGUUAAUUAAAAAAGUAUAUUUGAUGAAUUUAUUCCUGUAUUAUGACCACCGAGAACCGAGUCCUGUGACCCAAUAUGUUAUAUACUCGUUAAUAGUAUUACGUUUUGCGAAGUAUGUUUUUGUAAUAAAACUGGUGAACAAAAAACUUAUUUAUUUAUAUCUGACUUAGAUAAAUCUUAUGCAAAAGUUACUAUUAACAUUAAAUAUGGUAGUUUGAAAUUAUCUAACUUCAGGUCAAAGGAGAGAUAAGUAAGUUUUAUAUUCUUAAUUAAUUAUUAAUGUAAAAUUCGCCUCUACUCGCGCGAUCUAAAUAAAUUUAGCUAAUAAAAAAUAUGUAUUGAUUAGUGACAAUAAUUUUACAAUCGAGUAAAUAACUUAGUUGUUUAACUUUGUCUCGAUAAUAAAUGUAAUUAUAUAUAAA